AUGAGUGACAAUUUGAUGGAGAAAGUGAGUGCUUUUGGCGAACGCCUCAAGAUCGAAGGGUCUGAGGUCGGUCGAAAGAUGAGCGCGGGCUUGAGCUCAGUGAGCUUCAAGGUGAAGGAGCUCUUCCAAGGCCCAAACCAAGCAGAUAAGAUCGUCGAAGAUGCCACAUCAGAGGCACUUGAUGAGCCUGACUGGGCUAUGAAUCUUGAUAUUUGUGACAUGAUCAAUACUGAAAGAGUCAACAGUGUCGAAUUAGUUCGUGGAAUAAAAAAGCGGAUUAUGUUGAAGAAUCCUAGGGUCCAGUACCUCUCGCUAGUGCUGCUUGAAACAUGUGUUAAGAACUGUGAGAAGGCUUUCUCAGAGAUAGCUGCAGAAAGAGUUCUUGAUGAGAUGGUGAAGCUGAUUGACGAUCCUCAGACUGUUGUUAAUAAUCGCAAUAAGGCUUUGAUGCUGAUUGAAGCAUGGGGGGAAUCGACCGGUGAGCUCCGCUAUUUGCCUGUUUACGAGGAAACAUACAAGAGUUUAAGAUCAAGGGGUAUUCGGUUCCCUGGUCGUGACAAUGAGAGUUUGGCACCAAUUUUCACUCCCCCACGUUCGGUUUCAGCUUCAGAGUCAGAUGCUAGCCUUUCCCAGCAAAUUCCGCUUGAUAUUCCUGUGCAAGGCUUUACGGCUGAACAAACAAAGGAAGCAUUUGAUGUUGCAAGAAACAGUAUUGAGCUUCUUAGUACUGUUUUCUCCUCUUCAACCCAACAAGAUGCUUUACAGGAUGACUUGACAGCCACACUUGUACAACAAUGUCGUCAGUCUCAAUCCGCCGUCCAGAGAAUUAUAGAGACAGCUGGAGAAAACGAGGCCUUGCUGUUUGAAGCGCUGAAUGUGAAUGAUGAGAUCCAUAAAGUUCUAUCCAAGUAUGAAGAACUGAUGAAGCCUUUGGUAGUUCCGACUGAGCCAGAACCUGCAAUGAUACCCGUUGCUGUGGAGGCUGAUGAAUCACCGAGUCAUGGGAAAGAGGAUUCCUUGAUUAGAAAACCAGCUGCUUCUCGAGGUCUGGUCCAUGCAGGGAGCCACGAUGACAUGAUGGAUGAUCUGGAUGAGAUGAUAUUUGGCAAGAAAGGUGUAAGUUCUUCUGAAGGAAGCCAAGAUCCGAAGAAACAGCAGCCGGCAGCAAAGGAUGACCUGAUCAGCUUUUGA